AUGUUAAUAAAAAGACAGAAUUGUGGUGGCUUAGUACAAGGUCCAAAUGGUACAAUAGAAAGCCCAGGAUUUCCUCAUGGGUAUCCAAAUUAUGCCAAUUGCACAUGGAUAAUAAUCACUGGAGAGCGAAACCGGAUACAACUGUCUUUUCAAAUCUUUGCUCUGGAAGAGGAUUUUGAUAUUUUAUCAAUAUAUGAUGGACAACCACUUCAAGGCAAUUUAAAAGUCAGACUGUCUGGAUUUCAACUACCGUCAUCUAUAGUAAGCACUGGGUCUAUUCUAACAUUAUGGUUCACAACAGACUUUGCUGUAAGUGCGCAGGGAUUUAAGGCUGUAUAUGAAGUGCUUCCUAGUCACACAUGUGGAAAUCCUGGAGAAAUACCAAAGGGUGUACUACAUGGAUCAAGGUUCAACAUCGGUGACAAAAUUCGAUACAACUGUGUUUUGGGAUAUAUUCUCGAAGGACACUCAACAUUGACAUGUAUUGUAAGUCCAGGAAAUGGUGCUUCAUGGGAUUUUCCAUCUCCAUUUUGUAGAGCGGAAGGAGCCUGUGGAGGAACCUUACGAGGAACAAGUGGAAUCAUAUCAAGUCCUCACUUCCCUUCAGAGUAUGAAAAUAAUGCUGAUUGCACCUGGACUAUUCUUGCUGAGCCUGGAGAUACUAUUGCCCUGGUUUUUACAGAUUUCCAGAUGGAAGAAGGAUAUGACUUUUUAGAAAUCAGUGGAACAGAAGCCCCAUCAAUAUGGCUAACUGGAAUGAACCUACCUUCCCCAGUCAUUAGUAAUAAAAACUGGCUACGCCUCCAUUUCACGUCUGACAGUAAUCAUAGGAGAAAAGGAUUUAAUGCACAAUUUCAAGUAAAAAAAGCAAUUGAACUGAAGUCUAGAGGGGUGAAGAUGCUACCUAGCAAAGAAAGCAAUCACAAGAAUUCUGUCUUAAGUCAAGGAGGUGUGCCCAUGGCUACUGACAUGUGCCCUGAUCCUGGUGUGCCCGAAAAUGGAAAAAGAACGGGUUUUGACUUCAGAGUGGGUUCCAAUGUUCAGUUUUCCUGUGAUGACAGUUAUGUACUACAAGGUUCAAAGAGUAUAACUUGUCAAAGAGUAACGGACACAUUGGCUGCCUGGAGUGAUCAUAGGCCAAUCUGCCGAGCACGAACAUGUGGCUCUAAUCUUCAAGGUCCAUCUGGAAUUAUUACAUCACCAAAUUAUCCUGUCCAAUAUGAGGACAAUGCACAUUGUGUUUGGGUCAUAACAAGUGCUAAUCCAGAAAAGGUUAUUAAACUUUCAUUUGAAGUUUUUGAGUUAGAAAGAGGUUAUGAUACUCUAACCAUAGGAGAUGGUGGGAAAGUUGGUGAUACAAGAUCAGUUUUAUAUGUAUUAACUGGAUCAAGUGUUCCUGAUCUUAUUGUUAGCAUGAGCAACCAAAUGUGGCUCCAUUUACAGUCAGAUGACAGCAUAGGAUCACCAGGCUUUAAAGCUUUUUACCAAGAAAGUGAAAAAGGAGGUUGUGGAGACCCAGGAAUUCCAGUUUAUGGGAAACGGAAUGGCAGCAGUUUUUUGCAUGGAGAUAUUCUUACCUUUGAAUGCCAAGCAGCUUUUGAACUUGUGGGAGAAAAAACAAUCACUUGUCAACAAAAUAAUCAGUGGUCUGGAAAUAAACCCAGCUGCAUUUUUUCGUGUUUCUUCAAUUUUACCACUCCUUCUGGAAUCAUUCUUUCUCCUAACUACCCUGAAGAAUAUGGAAAUAAUAUGAAUUGCAUAUGGUUAAUAAUUUCUGAGCCAGGAAGCAGGAUCCAUCUAAUCUUCAAUGAUUUUGAUGUGGAACCACAGUUUGAUUAUGUUGCUGUUAAAGAUGAGGGUAUUUCUGAAUUACCAGCACUUGGAACAUUUUCUGGAAAUGAAGUGCCUACUCAAAUUGCCAGCAAGAGCCACAUUAUACGGUUAGAGUUUCAGUCAGACCACUCAACAACUGGAAGGGGUUUUAACAUUACCUAUACAACCUUUGGUCAAAAUGAAUGUCAUGAUCCAGGAAUACCAACAAAUGGAAGGCGAUUUGGAGACAGAUUUUUACUUGGUAGCUCUGUAUCAUUUCAUUGUGAUGAAGGUUUCAUAAAAACUCAAGGGUCUGAGUCUAUCACAUGUAUUAUACAAGAUGGAAAUGUUGUAUGGAAUGCAGCAGUUCCUAGAUGUGAAGCUCCUUGUGGUGGACAUUUGACAGCAUCAAGUGGCAUUAUCUUACCACCUGGUUGGCCAGGGUAUUAUAAAGAUUCAUUGAACUGUGAAUGGAUUAUUGAAGCAAGAACUGGGCAUUCAGUUAAAAUUACAUUUGAAAGAUUUCAAACUGAAGUAAAUUAUGAUAUUCUGGAAGUAAGAGAUGGACCAGCUAAUUCAUCACCAUUAAUUGGAGAGUACCAUGGUACACAAGCACCUCAAUUUGUCAUAAGCACUGGAAAUUUCAUGUAUCUUUUAUUCACUACUGAUAAUAGUCGUUCCAGUGUGGGAUUCCUAAUUCGUUAUGAAAGUGUUACACUGGAGUUAGAUUCAUGUCUUGAUCCUGGGAUUCCAGUAAAUGGUCAUCGACAUGGAUCAUACUUUGGUAUAGGAUCAUCAGUUACAUUCAGCUGUGAUCCAGGAUAUAUCCUGAGUGAUGAAGAACCAUUGGUGUGUGAAAAUAAUCAUCAAUGGAACCAUGCACUGCCCAGCUGUGAUGCUUUAUGUGGUGGUUAUAUCCAUGGCAAAAGUGGGACAGUUCUUUCUCCAGGGUUUCCUGAUUUUUAUCCUAAUUCAUUGAAUUGUACAUGGACAAUUGAGGUUUCGCAUGGAAAGGGAGUACAGCUGGUAUUUCACACCUUUCACCUUGAAAGCUCCCACGACUAUUUGUUAAUAACAGAAGAUGGAAGCUUUACUCAUCCAGUUGCCAGAUUGACAGGGUCAGUCUUACCUCCUACUAUAAAAGCUGGUCUUUUUGGGAAUUUCACAGCUCAACUUCGAUUUGUAUCUGAUUUUUCUAUUUCCUAUGAAGGAUUUAAUAUAACAUUUUCAGAAUACGACUUGGAGCCAUGUGAUGAUCCAGGUGUCCCAGCAUUCAGUCGAAGAAUAGGAUUUCACUUUGGAGUUGGAGACUCUCUGACAUUUUCUUGCUUCCCUGGGUAUCGUCUGGAGGGUGCCAAUAAGCUCACCUGCUUGGGAGGUGGACGAAGAGUAUGGAGUACACCUCUUCCAAGGUGUGUGGCUGAAUGUGGAGCGACUGUAACUGGGAAUGAAGGAACAUUGCUGUCUCCGAAUUUUCCAUCAAACUAUGAAAACAACCAUGAAUGCAUUUACAGAAUUGAGACACAGCCUGGAAAAGGAAUCCAACUAAAAGCAACCACUUUUCAGCUACACGAUGGAGAUGUUCUAAAGGUUUAUGAUGGAACCGAUAGUUCUGCAAGACUUCUAGGCAUUUUUACUAAAAAUGAGCUCAUGAAAUUAACUCUUAAUAGUACAUCCAAUCACUUGUGGAUAGAAUUUAACACCAAUGGAUCAGAUACUGAUAUAGGAUUUCAACUGACCUACAGCAGUUUUGAGCUUGUGAAAUGUGAAGAUCCAGGUAUUCCAGCUUAUGGGUACAAGAUAAGAGAUGAUGGCCAUUUUGCUGAUACAACUAUUUUGUACAGCUGCAACCCUGGUUACACAAUGCAGGGCAACAACACCUUAACUUGUCUUAGCGGUGACCGAAGAGUGUGGGACAGACCUAUACCAACAUGUCUUGCUGAGUGUGGUGGAAAAAUAUAUGCUGUAGGAUCUGGCCGGAUUUUAUCUCCAGGAUAUCCAGCACCAUAUGAGAAUAAUGUACACUGCACAUGGAUUUUAGAAGCUGACUCAGGAAAAUCUAUUAGUCUUCACUUUAUAGUUUUUGACACUGAAGUUUCACAUGAUAUCCUAAAGGUAUGGGAUGGACCUGUAGACAGCAAUGUCCUUUUGAAAGAGUGGAGUGGUUCUUCUCUCCCGGAGGAUAUUCACAGCACUUUCAACUCUCUGACAUUACAAUUUGAUAGUGAUUUCUUUAUCAGCAAGUCUGGUUUCUCCAUACAAUUUUCAACUUCAGUUGCGUCAACAUGUAAUGAUCCUGGAACUCCUCAAAAUGGUACCAGAUAUGGAGACAGCAGAGAACCUGGCGAUGUUAUAACUUUUCAGUGUGACCCUGGAUACCAACUACAGGGAGAAACAAAAAUCACAUGUGUGCAGCUGAAUAACCGAUUUUUUUGGCAGCCUGAUCCACCAAUGUGUAUAGCUGCGUGUGGUGGAAAUCUGACAGGCCCAGCAGGUGUUAUUUUAUCACCCAACUACCCUCAGCCAUACCCUCCUGGGAAGGAAUGUGACUGGAGAAUAAAAGUAAAUCCAGACUUUGUCAUUGCCUUGAUAUUCAAAAGCUUUAAUAUGGAGCCUAGUUAUGAUUUUCUACACAUUUAUGAAGGAGAAGAUUCCAACAGUCCAAUAAUUGGAAGUUAUCAAGGAUCACAUGCACCUGAAAGAAUAGAGAGUGGUGGAAACAGUCUGUUUCUGGCAUUUCGCAGUGAUGCUUCAGUGGGCAUGUCUGGUUUCGCCAUUGAAUAUAAAGAAAAGCCUCGAGAGGCUUGCUUUGAUCCAGGAAACAUUAUGAAUGGGACUCGGGUUGGAAGUGAUUUAAAACUUGGAUCUACAGUAACUUAUCAGUGUGACCCAGGCUACAAAAUUAUUGAUCCUGCAACAAUUACCUGCAUGAUUGGUGCAGAUGGAAAGCCAGCAUGGAACAGGAUUUUGCCAACCUGUAAUGCACCUUGUGGUGGACAGUAUACAGGAUCUGAUGGAGUUGUCUUAUCACCAAAUUUUCCAAACAAUUAUACUGUUGGGCAAAUCUGUCACUACUUGGUAACUGUCCCAAAAGAAUUUGUGGUAUUUGGUCAAUUUGCAUUUUUCCAAACUGCAUUGAAUGACUUAGUUGAACUUUUUGAUGGUCCUCAACCAAAUGCUAGACUUCUUAGCUCCCUCUCUGGAAGCCACACAGGGGAGACCAUGCCAUUAGCCACCUCAAAUCACAUCCUUCUAAGAUUCACCACAACAAAUGGUGAUCCUGCCAGAGGUUUCCACUUUGUGUACCAAGCUGUUCCUCGCACUAGUGACACCCAGUGUAGCUCUGUUCCUGAGCCCAGAUAUGGCAGAAGAAUUGGAUCUGAGUUUUCAGCUGGAUCAGUAGUUCGUUUUGAAUGUAAUCCUGGAUAUUUCCUACAAGGAAGUAAAGCAAUUCAUUGCCAGACUGUUCCAAAUGCUUUGGCUCAAUGGAAUGAUACUGUACCAAGUUGUCUGGUUCCAUGUAGUGGAAAUUUUACUGACAGAAGAGGAACUAUAUUAUCACCAGGAUAUCCUGAACCAUAUGGAAAUAGUUUGAACUGUGUUUGGCGAAUCAUUGUGACAGAAGGAUCUGGAAUUCAGAUACAAGUUAUAAGUUUUGCCACAGAACACAACUGGGAUUCACUUGAAAUAUAUGAUGGUUCUGAUGCAACCGCCCCUAGAUUGGGGAGCUUUUCUGGUACUACUGUUCCAGCUUUGUUAAACAGCACGUCUAAUCAACUUUACUUGCACUUUUAUUCUGAUAUAAGUGUGGCUGCAGCUGGUUUUCAUCUGGAAUACAAAACUGUAGGCCUUACGUCUUGUCCAGAGCCAUUAGUUCCAAACAAUGGGGUAAAAGUUGGCGAUCGAUAUAUGGUUAAUGACGUAGUGUCUUUUCAGUGUGAACCAGGAUACACAUUACAGGGACAUUCUCAUAUAUCAUGUAUGCCAGGAACUGUACGACGUUGGAAUUACCCUUCACCAUUAUGCAUUGCCAAGUGUGGUGGGACAUUGAUGAACAUGGGAGGAGUUAUUCUAAGCCCAGGUUUUCCCGGAAAUUAUCCCAGUAAUUUAGAUUGUACAUGGAAGAUUUUUUUACCAGUUGGCUAUGGUGCUCAUAUUCAGUUUGAAAACUUUUCCACUGAGGCAAAUCAUGAUAUACUUGAAAUUCAGAAUGGACCAUAUCACACCAGUUCCCAGAUUGGACAGUUUAGCGGAGCUGAACUUCCUUCAUCUUUACUCAGUACAACUCAUGAAGUUCUUAUUCAUUUUUUUAGUGAUCACUCAGAAAACAGACAAGGCUUUAAGAUUAUAUACCAAGCUUAUGAAUUACAAAACUGCCCGGAUCCUCAUCCCUUUAAGAAUGGAUACAUCAUUAACACUGAUUUUAGUGUGGGACAAUCAAUAUCUUUUGAAUGUUAUCCAGGGUAUGUUUUGAUAGGACAAGCUGUUCUCACUUGCCAACAUGGAAUUAAUAGAAAUUGGAACUAUCUUUUUCCAAGAUGUGAAGCACCUUGUGGGUAUAACAUAUCAUCAGAAAAUGGCACCAUUUACUCUCCCGGAUUUCCAGAUGAAUAUCCAAAUUCAAAGGACUGUACAUGGUUUAUAACUGUCCUUCCAGGUCAUGGGGUUUAUAUCAACUUUACUUUACUCCAGACUGAACCAGUGAAUGAUUACAUUGCAGUAUGGGAUGGUGCUGACCAAAAUUCUCCUCAGCUGGGUGUUUUCAGCGGGAACACAGCCCUUGAAACAGCAUACAGUUCUUCUUAUCAAGUACUCAUCAAGUUUCGCAGUGACUUUUCAACUGGUGGAUUUUUUGUUCUUAAUUUCCAUGCAUACCCACUAAAGAAAUGCCAACCUCCAACUCCUGUGGAAGAAGCUGACCUAAUUUCAGAUGAUGAUGAUUUUGAAAUAGGAGAUUUUGUAAAGUAUCGGUGCCACCCAGGAUUCACUUUAGUUGGGAAUGAUGUUAUAACCUGUAAAUUGAUGGCUCAAUUGCAGUUUGAAGGCUCUCUUCCAAAGUGUGAAGCACAGUGUCCUGCAAAUGAAAUCCGAUUAGCAUCAUCUGGAGUAAUUCUUAGUCCUGGAUAUCCAGGGAACUAUCCAAACUCUCAGACAUGUUCUUGGAGUAUUAAAGUGGAUCAAGGUUAUAAUAUAACUAUUUUUGUGGAAACAUUUCAAAGUGAAAAGCAAUUUGAUGUGCUUGAAAUAUUUGAUGGACCAACUGGACAAAGCUCUCCUUUGGUAACUUUAAGUGGGAAUGUAACUGGUCAACAAAAUUUUACAAGCAAAGGAAAUAUUGCUUUCCUCCGUUGGUCAACAGAUCAUGCAACUAGUAAAAAAGGCUUCAAAAUCCGUUAUUCAGCAACCUAUUGCAGUUUGAAUACAGUGAUACCAAAUGGUGGAAUAUUAAACCGGACCGGAAUAGAACUUGGAUCCAAAGUAUACUACUACUGUAAUCCAGGAUAUCAAAUGAUUGGAAACAAUAUCACCACAUGCAUAAAAAAUGCAAAUGGGAUAUACGAAUGGGCUUCACCAGUUCCUAUAUGUAAGGCUAUAUCCUGCGGAAUUGCCCAGGCACCUGGAAAUGGUUCUGUUUCUGGAAAUCAGUUUACUUUAGGAAACAAAGUGAUAUAUGAAUGCAAUGAGGGCUACAGAUUACAAUUUAGUCAACAAUCAACAGCAGUAUGUCAAGAAGAUGGAUCAUGGAGUAAUGCAGGCAAGCCACCUGUUUGUCAGCCUAUUAUGUGCCCAAGUGUGGAUUCUCAAAUGUCUGAGCAUAUCAUCUGGAGACUAGUUUUAGGUUCAUUAAAUGAGUAUGGAUCUCAAAUACUGCUGAGUUGUAUUCCUGGUUACUUUCUUGGUGGAUUACGACUAUUACAGUGCAGAGCUAAUGGAACGUGGAGUGGAGAAGAUGUCAAACCCAGUUGUAAGGUUAUAUCAUGUGGGGAUCUUCCUACUCCACCAAAUGGUAAUAAAAUUGGAACUUUGAAUGUAUUUGGAGCUACUACGAUAUUUACUUGCAACACAGGUUAUACACUGGUUGGGUCCCAUGUAAGAGAAUGCUUAGCUAAUGGCCUCUGGAGCGGUACUAACACUCGAUGCUUGGCUGGUCAUUGUGGUUCACCAGACCCUAUAGUAAAUGGACAUAUCAGUGGUGAUGGUUACAGUUAUCGAGAUACUGUUGUAUAUCAAUGUAAUCCUGGCUUUCGACUUGUUGGCACCUCCGUUCGGAUAUGUCUUCAGGAUCACAAGUGGUCUGGUCAAACUCCAGUUUGUGUCCCAAUCACAUGUGGUCACCCAGGAAACCCAGCCCAUGGAUUUACAAAUGGUAGUGAGUUUAAUUUAAAUGAUAUUGUGAACUUCACUUGCAACAUUGGCUAUAUUCUUCAAGGUGCAUCACAAGCACAAUGUCGCAGCAAUGGACUAUGGAGCAGUCCUCUUCCAACUUGCCGAGUGGUUAAUUGCACUGACCCAGGAUUUGUAGAAAAUGCAAUUCGUCAUGGACAACAAAAUUACCCUGAACGUUUCAAAUAUGGGAUCAGUGUGACUUAUCACUGUAAAAAGGGUUACUACCUUUUGGGAUCAUCUGUUUUAAACUGUAAAGCAAAUGGCUUCUGGGACAGAUCAUUACCCAAAUGCUUACCAAUAUCUUGUGGACAUCCUGGUGUUCCUGCUAAUGCAUAUCUUGGUGGAGAAAAGUUUACAUAUGGAUCUAAAAUUCAUUAUACUUGUGCAGGAAUGCAUACUCUUGUAGGAAACUCAACUAGAGUAUGUCUAGAAGAUAGUCGCUGGAGUGGAACUCUCCCUCACUGUUCAGGAAAUACUCCGGGUGUUUGUGGUGAUCCUGGAAUACCAGCACAUGGGUCUAGACUAGGAAAUGAUUUCAAGCUAAAAAACUUACUACGUUUUUCUUGUGAAAUGGGAUAUACUUUGAGAGGAUCUAUGGAAAGAAUAUGUUUAUCAAAUGGCUCUUGGUCUGGGGUACAACCAUCAUGUGAACCGGUAUCCUGUGGAAAUCCUGGAACUCCAGCCAAUGGCAUGAUAAUUUACAGUGAUGGGAUCCUUUUUUCUAGUUCUGUCAUCUAUGCCUGUUGGGAAGGUUACAAGACAUCAGGGUUAACUACUCGUCAUUGUACUGCCAAUGGAACUUGGACUGGCAGUGCUCCAGAUUGCACAGUGAUUACUUGUGAUGAUCCAGGGCCAGUUGCAAAUGGUAUUCAGCUGGGAAAAGAUUUUACUUUUAACAAAACUGUCAAUUAUCACUGCAAUCCUGGAUAUGUUAAAGAUCCUUCUGGAUCGGGUCCUUUGUUAUGCAACAAAGAUGGCACUUGGAACUACACCAAACCUACAUGUAAAGCUAUACAUUGUGGUCAGCCUCCUCAAGUUUCCCAAGGAAAACUAGAAGGAUCUGACUACAGUUGGGGAUCCAGUGUCAGCUACACUUGUGAAGAAGGCUACCAGCUAUCUACUCCCACAAUUCUCUCAUGUGAAGGAAGAGGAGUAUGGAGAGGAGAAAUUCCUCAGUGUUUGCCUGUAUAUUGUGGAGAUCCUGGAACUCCCGCUGAGGGUCGCCUUAGUGGAAAAAGUUUUACAUAUAAAUCAGAAGUGACAUAUCAGUGUAGAAAACCAUUUCUAUUAGUUGGUUCCUCAAGAAGAAUUUGCCAAGCUGAUGGUACCUGGAGUGGAAUUCAGCCAACAUGCAUUGAUCCAGCUCAUAACACCUGUAAAGACCCUGGCACGCCACAUUAUGGCACACAGAAUAGUUCCAAAGCUUAUGAGAUUGGAAGCAAUGUCUUCUUUCGAUGUCGAAAAGGCUACCAUAUACAAGGCUCAACUACACGUAAUUGCCUUGCUAAUUUAUCAUGGAGUGGCAUCCAGCCUGAAUGCAUUCCUCAUGCAUGCCGGCAGCCGGAAACCCCAACCCAUGCAGAUGUGAGAGCAAUAGACCUACCUACAUUAGGAUAUACUUUAAUUUAUAACUGUCAGGCAGAUUAUUUUCUUGCUGGUGGAUCAGAGCAUCGGACUUGUAAAAGUGAUAUGAAGUGGACAGGAAAACCGCCUAUCUGCAAAAGUAAAGGACACAGGGAACAUAAUUCAACAUCUGCUAAAACUCCAGUGCCCGCAGAUGUCUUUUUCAUCAAUUCUGUAUGGAAGGGGUUUUAUGAGUACUUUGGGAAGCAACAGUCAGCAACUUUAUCUGUUGACUGGUUCAAUGCUACAAGCAGUAAAGUAAAUGUUACCUUUAUAGAUACUCAUCAAAUUGAGCUUAAAUUAUCAGGAAUUUAUAAGAAAGAAGAAGCACAUUUGCUUCUGAAAGUUUUUCAGAUCAAAGGAACCUCAGACACAUUUAGCAACAAAUUUGAGACCCAUAACUGGGCAAUGGAUGGUUAUGUAUCAUCUGAAAGAGAAAAGGGAGUUUUUACCUUCCAAGGUGACAUACAAGCAAUUGAUUUUGGAAAAUUUAUCUUUCAAAGACAAAGAUUGCAAAGUAAAAAUGGUUCUUCCAAUAACCACUAUGGCACAAACAGCAGUUCUGUUGCAGCUGCAAUCUUAGUACCAUUUUUCGCCCUGAUAUUAUCAGGGUUUGCAUUUUACCUUUACAAACACAGAUCAAGACCCAAAGUACAAUACAAUGGAUAUGCUGGUCACGAAAACAGUAAUGGACAAGCAUCAUUUGAAAAUCCUAUGUAUGAUACAAACUUAAAACCUACAGAGGCAAAAGCUGUUAGGUUUGACACAACACUAAACACAGUAUGUACAGUGGUAUAGCCUUUGGUAUCCAAUUUGACUGAUUCAUAGCCAUACCUCUGAAUGGACAAGCAGAAAAUCCAUCGGUGCCCUAAACCAAUAUCUCAACCCUUUCUGGCUUUGCUGCAGCAAUCGUUUAUCAGCAAACAAUACAUGCAGCCGAAAGUCCUGGUUAAAAUUAGUCAAGUCUUCUAAAGAUCAAAACAAGAAUGUUCCUUCAUUUACAGUGGGAUUAAAAUACCCGGCUGCAAUUGCUUACCAUCAAGGAACACUUAUGGAAGAUAAUCAAGUCACGCCACGUUGUUAUUUUAAUGCCUCAUACUUUGAAAUUUGUAUGUGGUUGGAUGCCUUCCAUUUGCAAUAUUUUGGGCACUUGGGUAUAUCCUUUGGGUACUGUGAUAAAUGAUGGCACCACAGUAUGCUCUUUUAUAUCUUAUUGGACAUGAAUGUUCUGAAGAAAUAAAAACGUUAUAUUUGAAGGAGAGGACAACCUUACCUGUGGUUGCACAGACAUCAAAAUGCUUUACCAUAAAAUCAAUGAAACUUUUUUGACACUUAAAGCAGCCAGAUAUUUCAGGCACUGUUUGUGCACUGAGUGGUUUGCUAACUUUCUCAUUCAGCUAAUGUUGCAAAAUAUUACUGCACAAUUUUUUUGCACUAGUGUGUUUGGAGUGACUGAGUACCAUACCAUAAAACAGGGUUUAUAACUACAAUGUUUCCAUUGUUUCAAGAUUUUCACAACCAUUUCUCAUGUAUUUUAUAACACAUAUAAGGUUUUAUUUUAGACCAUCAAUUUAGAAAGUUUAUUUUCGGAAAACAUGAAGUUGUUUCAUUUUAGCAAUGAGAUUUACAUCCUCAUAAACCACCAUCUGACAUUGCAUCAAGAAGCAGCAGUCAACUUUUGUACGAUAUAUAUUUUAUGUCUUAUUUUCUUAUAAAAAAAGAACUAUAUAAAACAGGGUGUCAGUAAUAAAUAUUUGUAUCACAUAAUUAAAUAGCAGGUGGUUGGUAGCUGCCACUUUCCAUGUAAAAGUGUGAAUAGUAAUUUAUUUAAAAAAAGGCAACAACAACAUGAACAACAUUAGACUUGGUUUCAUCCCCCAAAAUAGAUUUACUUUUUUAAUUUGCUGUUAUUUAUUUGAUUCCAGAGCCCUAAUAUUAACAUUUGAAACUGUUUUAUAAUCACAAUUAUUUGUGUUUACAGUAUACACAUUUGUUAAAUAAUACAUUUGAAAAAAUGUUAAUAUAUCAUGGUUAUUUUAUGAAAAAUUAAGGUUUCAAAGGACUAUUAUCAAAUACGCAAUUUUGAUUUGCACGUUAAACUAUGAUUAUUCCCAAUUAAUUUGGCUCACUGUUAGAUACAUGUAAAGUUAGCUGUUGAUACAUUUCUUACAAAUUUUGUUGUAGUAACCACAGAUGUCAAUGUUAUCAACUCGUAUGUUUUUACAUCUUAAGAUUUCUGGGUUUUGAUUAAGAAUGUUCCGAUUU